AAAGAGAGGGGAGAGAGAGGCGAAGCUGAGACUGAGAGCGACGCGGAUCGCGCGCCGGUCUGGGCGCACCAAGGCGGGGCUCCUCUUCCUCCUCCUCCUCCUUCUCCGUCGUCGUCUCUUUCUCCGUCUCUUUCUCCUUCUUCUUCUCCGCCGGAGCCUCGGAGGCGGAGGAGGGUCUUUCCCGCCGCGGAGGCAGAGGGAGGGAGGGAGGGAGAGAGGGAAGACCCUUCGCCUCCGCCGCGAUCGAGGACGCUCCGUCGUAGCAGUCGCAAUAGCGGCGAGGCGCGGACCAUGAGGGGCGAAGAAGGGGCUCCGGCUGCUGCUCCUGCUCUUUCCUCCUCCAUGCAAAGGGCGCCUCGGUGAACGCCGCCACCCGAGGGAGAGGAGAGGAGAGGAGCGGAGGAAGGAAGAGGGCGCGAUGGAGGCUCCGGCGCCGUCGCCCUGCUCCAAGAAGAGCCUGUCGCUGUCCUUCCCGGCGCCGCCGCGGGAGGCGGGCCCGGCGACCACCCUGCUGAAGCCCCCGCAGCACCUCUGGCGCCAGCCCCGCACCCCCAUCAAGAUCCAGCACCGCGGCUACUCCGACACCGAGCGGCCCGCGCACCGCCCCAUCGAGCGCGCCGACGCCGUGGACACCAGCGACCGACCGGGCCUCCGGAAGACCCGCAUGUCCUGGCCCUCCUCCUUUCACGGGACCACCGCCGCCGGGAACAACAGCCACAACAACAAGCGUUUCGAGGUUGAGAAUGGCCCGUCACCAGGACGUAGCCCGCUGGAUUCCCAGGCCAGCCCAGGCCUGGUGCUUCACCCCAGCUUCCCACAGAGCCAGAGGCGCGAGUCCUUCCUGUACCGUUCGGACAGUGACUAUGACAUGUCGCCAAAGACGAUGUCUCGCAACUCCUCUGUGGCCAGCGAAGCACAUACGGAAGACCUGAUAGUGACACCUUUUGCCCAGGUCCUGGCCAGCCUGAGGAGCGUACGUAAUAAUUUCUCCAUCCUGGCAAAUGUGCCUACGCCAACAUCUAAUAAGCGGUCACCCAUGGGUAGCCAGCCAACUGUUUGUAAAGCCACGCUCUCAGAAGAAACAUACCAGCAGAUGGCCAUAGAAACUUUGGAAGAACUGGACUGGUGCCUUGACCAGCUGGAAACCAUUCAGACCUACCGCUCUGUCAGUGAGAUGGCUUCCAACAAGUUCAAAAGAAUGCUGAACCGUGAACUAACCCAUCUUUCUGAAAUGAGCCGUUCAGGAAACCAAGUCUCUGAAUACAUUUCCAACACUUUCCUAGACAAGCAGAACGAUGUGGAGAUCCCAUCCCCAACACAGAAAGAACGGGAGAAGAAGAAGCGGCAGCAACCCAUGUGCCAGAUCAGCGGGGUCAAGAAACUUAUGCACAGUUCCAGCCUGACCAAUUCCAGCAUCCCCCGCUUUGGGGUCAAAACUGACCAAGAAGAUCUACUCAACAAGGAACUGGACUACCUGAACAAAUGGGGCCUUAACAUUUUCCGAGUUGCCGAAUACUCCAACAAUCGGUCACUCAGCUGCAUCAUGUAUACAAUAUUCCAGGAAAGAGACUUGCUAAAAACCUUCAAGAUCCCUGUGGACACAUUAGUCACGUACAUCAUGACGCUAGAAGACCACUACCAUGCUGACGUGGCCUACCACAACAGCCUCCAUGCGGCUGACGUCACACAGUCCACGCACGUCCUCCUGUCUACGCCAGCCUUGGAUGCUGUCUUCACUGACCUGGAGAUCUUAGCUGCAAUAUUUGCUGCUGCCAUUCAUGAUGUGGACCAUCCUGGCGUGUCUAACCAGUUCCUGAUCAACACUAAUUCAGAACUGGCACUGAUGUACAAUGAUGAGUCUGUGCUGGAGAACCACCACCUGGCUGUGGGUUUCAAGCUGCUGCAAGAGGAGAACUGUGACAUCUUCCAGAACCUGACAAAGCGACAGCGGCAAACGUUGCGGAAAAUGGUCAUAGACAUGGUCCUGGCCACCGACAUGUCCAAACAUAUGAGCCUCUUGGCUGAUCUGAAGACCAUGGUGGAAACCAAAAAGGUGACCAGCUCCGGAGUUUUACUAUUGGACAACUACACUGACAGAAUACAGGUCCUACGGAACAUGGUCCACUGUGCAGACUUGAGCAACCCCACGAAGCCUCUAGAGCUGUAUCGCCAAUGGACAGACCGGAUCAUGGAGGAGUUCUUCAGGCAGGGAGACAAAGAACGGGAACGAGGCAUGGAGAUCAGCCCCAUGUGCGACAAGCACACCGCCUCCGUAGAAAAGUCCCAGGUGGGAUUCAUUGACUACAUCGUGCACCCACUGUGGGAGACCUGGGCGGACCUGGUUCAUCCCGACGCACAAGACAUUUUGGACACCCUUGAGGACAACAGGGACUGGUACCACAGUAUGAUCCCCCAGAGCCCUUCCCCGCCUCCGGACGACGCAGAAAAAGACGAUGAGACCUGCCUUGAGAAAUUCCAGUUUGAACUGACCCUUGAAGAGGAGGGCGAGGACUCAGAGCAGUCCGACAAGGACUGCAGUAGUCCUGGCGAUGAGGACAACAGCUAUUACACCGCUGCCGAGGAACACCCACACGAGUCCCUAGAGGGGCAGGACAGACUGACGGAUGACACAUCUCCUGGUGCAUCAUGACUGUAGGGAAGGGACAGUGGAAAGGGAGGGGAAAAAAACAAAACAAAACCACAUACAUACACACAGCCACACACAGAGAGAAAGUUUUCACAGGGAGGGGCGGGGAUAAAAAAAACAACAAAAAAAAGCAUUUUUUUAUUUUUAUUGUAUUUUUUAUAAAAAGAAAAUCAACAAUAAAAAAGCAGGGUGGGGA